UAUACGAUAGAGCACCACAGUGGCUGACCAAUCAGAAAGCAAGCAGGAAUUAUGAUGGUUAUAACAAUCACUACGACUUAAUUAGAAUAAAAAUGGUAGUGGAUUAGUAACCAGUUUAACAAUAACGGCGAUUUGCCCUUCAGAGAUCAUAAAGCAUUUCUUUGAGAAAGGUUUCAUUCUCGCGGAGGUAGUACAGUUAUUGAGCGUUUGACAGAGUUUAGGCUAAGGUGCAUUGUCUUAGUUCUACUUUGUUCCGUAAGACUGCUACAAUCAUAACAUGAAGGAAAUUAUACGACAGAAUUUACGUCGAAGCAAUGUCCGUCUAGCUUUAUUGACAGCUUUCUAUAUAUUGGUUUUAACGAUCGGUGCUUUGAUAUUUUGGGCUACAGAGUCUCCUGAAGAAAUCGAUAUGAUACACAUGCUUCGCAGUAAACGCUCUCAGUUCCUGGAUGACUAUUCUUGUGUUACUGACGAAGAUCUUGAAGCGUUUGUAAAAGACAUUAUUAGUGGAAGUAACAGGGGAGUCAGAGCUGUUCGAAACGUUACCAUGGAACCCAACUGGAGUUUCGGCCAAUCAGUGUUUUUCUCCACCACCGUAGUGACAACAAUAGGUUAUGGACAAGUAAGACCCUUAUCCCAAGGAGGAAAAAUUUUCUGUAUAAUAUACGGACUGGUUGGUAUUCCUCUGACAAUGACGUUAUUAUCAGCCUAUGUGGAACGUCUCAUGAUACCAGCAGUGUUCCUCCUGCAGUUCCUAAACUCUCGACUUGGACAUCUGUUCCAACCUUUCAAUAUUCGAAUGUUUCAUCUGUCUAUAGUUGGGGUUUUAGUUCUAUCUUUAUUUUUCAUUAUUCCUGCGGUCAUAUUCUCUCACCUGGAGCCAGAAUGGGACUACUUGGACGCCCUCUACUAUUGUUUCAUUUCUUUGACAACCAUAGGGCUAGGAGACUAUGUUCCUGCAGAUAGUUCUCAUCAGGAGUAUCGCCCUCUGUACAAAGUUUGUAGUGCAUUUUACCUUCUGAUUGGCCUAACGUUUAUGAUGUUCUUCUUGUCGGUGUUGUACACCAUUCCAGAACUCAAUAUUGGGAUAUUUUUCCUUGCAAAGAGUGAUGAUGUCAUCGGGACAGCCAAGACUAAUGUUCGUUCCAGAUAUCCUGGUCAGUUCGAUGAUCCCGAGCCCACAAUUCGACAUGUUAAAACUAUCCGAAGAUCCAGUUCGUCUUCUGAAGAUGAUAACCCUUGAACAUGUCGUUCGCUUUAUUUAUUCAAACUUUUAGCUUUUUUUUGUGUGCAGUACUCACACUGUUGAUGUAAGUGUAAGCCUGCAUUCACAGUGACUGCAGUUGGGUUGAGAACGUGAGUAUAAAUGUAGGAUAGUAUAUGUGGUGUAAAAUAAGUUAUGUCUUUUCCAGUUCUAAAUAAUGUACGAGAAAGAAAUGUUGUGGUAAUACACGGAUAAACCUAGCUUACAGUCACUCGAUCUCCACAAAAACAAGAGAUUUGUGAAUCUAAAAUGCAAAAGGAAAGUUGUAGCGACAAGACAAAAUAAAAAACAAACUAUUUAGGCAAAGAAUGUGGCGAAAGAUCGCCAGGUAGUAUAUUUGGACAAUUGGGUAUAGGAGGAAUGUAGGAAGGAAAUGGAAAGGAAUGAGAAGCGAUAAAUUGCAGCACACACACGAUCAGCAGGUUAAAACCCAGUAAAACAAAGACAGGAACUCCACAGCAAACCUUGGUUUUCUUUCAGAUAAAUUAUUUACUUUCCUCAGAAGUUAGAGUAAAUUUCCAUUUUUUGUUUUUGUUUUUUUUUCAAUAUACAUUCUCCCUCUCUCUCUGCAGCUAACCAAUGCGAAGAAGAGUAUCAGAAUUGAGGGAAUAUUCCUGCUCUAUGUGACAGUUGCAAGGUAGUUCUCUAUAUACGAGGUAAAGCAGUACAACUGUCUCAUGAAACAGUAGAUACAGUCGAGAAAAAGUAAUAUUUCAGAUAAAAUGUAGUAUACGAUCUCAACUAAAUUUAAUAUUUUCCAAAUCAGAAAUGCAGAAAUAAUAUUUAGGUUCUACACUACAGGAAAAUAUGGAAUGUGGGUCUUUGUUACUAAAAUAUCAGAAAAACAACGUACACACAAAAAAAAUCAUCAACACAGAAUGGAUGACGUGGAGAUAGUGGCUGUCAAACAGGCAUCAUUGACUCGGUACCCUUUCUCUCUUAGCGUCUAACUUUAACUCGAAUGAAACCUGGCUAUGGAUAACCUAGAAGAUAGAUUACGGAUCGUGAUAAUCCGUUAUAUAUAUCUAAAUUCAUUUAUCCAUUUGUGUGAACACGAAAUUCGUUUAUGUUGGGGGGGGGGGGGAACCCAGAUGGUACACACUUCUACUGCCAUGCAUAGCUAAGUUUCCCGUUACAUACAAUAUCAAAUUUUAUGUACACUUAAAGAAGACUAAUCUUUCGUUAUGAACGGACCAAACAUAACCUAUAUUAUCAAGAAAUAAUCAAAUGUUUCAAACACACUAAUUAAGCUGUGACAUGUUCUCUUUGAUAUCAUAUAGUGACAAUACUGUAUUUAGCCUUAUCAAUACUGAAGCCUUAUUUUUAUUGGCUUUUCUCAGAAUAUAACAAUGUUGCAUAAAAGUUAGGUACCCACCGUGACUUUUAAUGGUUGAUAGUCGUCUCAGCUAGCCAUAGUGGCUAGCAUGUUUACGGGUUACAAUUCAACAUACAUUAUCCAGGGCAAGCAUUGCGAUACGGCAAUUCUUUAUUAACCAGUAGAUCAGAUAUGUAUAAAUUAAUUCAGGUUAAAGUUAUGUGAUGUUUAAAGUAAUGUAUGAAACUACCAGCAUAAUUAAAACAUAGUUAAAUACGUCUUUAGUAACUCGAUGGUAAUUCUUUUACACCUACAUUAAAAUACAAAGCUUGUGAAACGCAAUAGAAAUUGUUAAUUUUAUAGGUUGCACACAAAAUAUUUACUGACAAAUCUGCUACUACUCUGAUCAUAAAAGUAUACUCUAAGUUGUUACUUCUCUCUUUGAAGGACCAGGAAUCAAGUGAUCUGCUGUGUCGUGGGUUUUGUUGGUCUGCCCUGUGAUAAAACUUUUAUAGUAAUUCUGAAUAACAACGAAAAAAAUUUGGCAUAGCCUUUCAGCUUUUUCCACGAUAGUUGUUUGUACUUUUGGAAUAAAAAUAUUUACGUAUUUUCAAAAUUAUCCACAGAUUUGAACACAAUGAAAGUAAAAAAAAAAAAAAAAAAUGUAUUUUGUUGGCGACACACCCUGUCCGCCUCGACAAGUUUGUGUUCUACUUCCGUAAUUUUUUUUUCUAUUGUAUUAUUCAGCUCAUUUUACUUAGUACUGUACAUUAAAGACAGAUGGCGUGUACAAGAUAUUUAACAGCACAUUUUUGCUAUCAAUUCCUAACUUCUGUAUCUUAUAUAUUAUGCAUUAAUUAUCCGACUUUAAGGGAAUUAAAAAAAGUUAAAACUAUAGAAUAAUGGGAUAUAAAGGAAGCGUAUAUUAGUAUUCUGAUAAAAAAGUUAGCACACAGAAUCACCCACAAAAUGUGCAAUGGAUUCGGGGUCUUUUUUUUAUUUUUUGAAUUCCUUAUAUCUUACUUAUCAUAUUUUCCAUUUCUAAAAUUUCUAAGCCCUAUGCAUGUUAGCGUAACUACAGAAGAUUCCCCAACCCCGCAUAUUAAUAGGAUAGUAAUUGGGUCCCCCAUAUUUAUUUCCCUAUAAUUGUAGUUACGAUUCUGGCUGCAUUAACUUAACUGAAAAUUCAAAAUUAAACCAAUCUUAAAAUUGCAGCUAGUGUUAAUUUUCGAAUUACACGUGUAUGAAAUUUCGAGCCGAUUAGGUUUCGUAUUGAUGAAACCGAAGAACGUAGUACGUAUGGUGGAACUGUAAUUAUGAUAUUUCCACCAUUACCACUAAAUAAGGCGGUCAGUGUGUAGACUCAGUCUGCUCUGUUUUUACUCUACCAGAAUAGUGCAACCCCCACUUUAGUAAAAAACAAAACAAAUGAAAUUAUCUGUCUCUCCCCUAUGUUUGUCAGGCCUUUCUCCCCCUACCCACGCAAUUGCGGGGACAUACGUGCGUCAAUGCUUAUGUAUCUUGUUCCUUUAUAAUUGCCCUGAAAAUUCAACGAACACGCAAAUAUUAACAUGAGUGUGUUAUAUAACACACUGAACAUUAGUGCAGUGAGCAAAAGAAAAUAACCAUGGUGAAACGUUCGGCAAAUUAAAGUUUAUUGACAAAUACGAAAUUAACGUUUUGGACAACAUCGGGUUUCUAGUGAGGAGAAAGCAAAUUUUUUAGAAGAGAUUGGGUCUAAGAAAUUAAGAAAACCAAAACAAGCAAGAACGCGUGGGUUGAAGGUUCGAGAACAUUUUUUUAUGUUAGAAUAGAACAAAUAAAGAUACGAGAAGUAACGCAUACACACAAAAUAAUAAUCACAUGGCUAACUUUGGAAUAAAUAAAAAUAAUCACGAGAAAAGGGACGGUAAACUGGAGUAAUAACAUAUAAAAAAUAAGUAGAACAAGAAUAAAAGGGCAGGGGCUCAUUUACAAAAAUAAAAUGAGGAAACUUUUAAAGCAUUGAAAGGCAAGACGUUUUUUGAGGAAUGGAGGUAUUAGGAGUGACUACUGUUGGUUGCCUCUGGUAUAAUCAAAUGUCUUUUAAUAGUUGUGGACAUUUUUUUAUUACUGAGAAAAAGAGCGGUUUUGGAGCAUAAGAGCAGAAAGGCAGGAGCUGGAGACAGCCCAGAUCCCCACCUCUAUGCACAUCACUGAACAAUGAGAGAAUGAACGCGUGCAUCGAAUAUUAUUGUCCAACGAGAUACAACAUUGAAAGGUGUAGGUACUGAAUAUAACAUCGCGAAGAAAGACAGUAAAUUUGAAAUGUGACUUAUAAAAAUCAACAUUUGGUUAAUAAAAUGGCUUGAUAUAACAAACAAACGUAAGUGAUCGAACUAGUUGAACAAAAUUAAACAAACCAAAGACCGUCAUAAGAAAGCUUAGAUCAGGUAUAAAGGAAUGUGGAAAGGGAAGCGGAUAAGGUUGAAGGAAAGAUAAUUCUUGGUUCAUUCCAAGGGAUUUAUUAGUGCUUAAUUUGAAAACCAGACGUUUUCCGGACAUUCUCUUUGUGUUACAGUGAAGGAAACAAAUGAGGGUCCUAGUACAGAGAGGCUGGAGAUGUCUGCGUGUCUACCUGUAGAUGCAGUGUGAAGAGUUACAUGCGUGUCUACCUGUAGAUGCAGUGUGAAGAGGUUACAUGCGUGUCUACCUGUAGGUUUCGUACUGUCAUUACUUCUUACAUAGAAGUGAUGUACUAUUUGCUAUGUGGCAAUCUAUUUGACCAAUGUAUGGCAUACCAAAUUUUUUACAAAUUACACAAUGUACUAGGUUCGUCGAAAUGCACGUGAAUGACUGUUGUAUUUGGAAUUUUCUAAUGGGACCAUAUAUGGAUAUUAUGGUGUUAAAAUACUGGCAAGUAACGUAUUUCUUUCUCUAAGAAAAAGAUUGAUACUGUGGACCAAAAUGAUUUUUGAUACUUUUAUCAUGUUUGUAACAGACGAGUGGACGUUCUUCAAGUAUUUCGAAGUUAUAGGGUCGUCGGUAUAUCGACAUUUUGUUUGAUGACCUGGUAUUUGAACAGAUUAUGGUAAUCGGUAUUUGAGAGUUUAUAGACUUGAGUUUAGGGCAUAAUUUCGAAUUACGGAAUUGGUGUGUUCAGCGGCUUUCUCUAUAAAUGUCCCCUUGUGGGACAGUGGUAAGUCUAUGGACUUACAACGCUAAAAUCCCGGAUUUGAUUCAUCGAGGUGGAUCCAGCAGAUAGCCCACUGUGGCUUUGAUCUCGAACAGAUAUAUACAUUCUCUAUAAAAGGCUUAGGUAAGCUCGAGAAAAAAGGUAUAAAGAAAUCUUUAAUUUAUUUAUAUCCUGAUUCGUAAUCGCUUUGUCCACUGCUAAGUCUACACAGCCUUAAGAAUUGGGUAUAUGGAAGUUGUUGGACUUGCAUGGGACAAGUAACAGCCGAGGUAAGAAUGGAAAUCGGUAAUGGACUGAUGUUGGCUUACCUCCGAGCGUCGUUUAAAUGGGAAUCGGUAAUAGACUGAUGUUGGUUAAACGACGCUCUUCAACGGAAAUGUAUUUCAAAAAGGUAAUCUCGUUCGGGAAACUGGCCACGUGAGAUGGAAGAAAUAUGCAAAUUGUUAGAAUUAUUUUAAUUCACACAAGGACCUGCUAGUCGCACCAAUAAUGUAAUCAGUAAAGCGUUCCUUGAAAGGUGGAGAAAAUCAGAUUUUCUAUAUAUCUAACAAAUAUUGAAGCAUAAUAGGGACCCAUUUUGUGUCCCAGCAACACUUUCAGUUUGUUGAUGAAACGUGCCGUUAAAGAAGAACUCGUUCAUGGUUAAUAAAAGUUCAGCAAGAGGGUAUGAGUUAGGGGGGGGUCUAAUGAAUAUCGCAGAUCCAGGUAAUAUUUGAGGGUUUUCAUACCUUCCUCAUGUGGAAUCUAUGUGUAGAUUGUUUUAAUGUCCAUAGCAAACAUAUGAUAUUCAUUACCAGAAAAUUGAAACUUGUUGAAAAUUGGGAGUGCGGUAUCACGUCUUUUAUGUAAGUUAUAGGUGGCGCUUGAGUCUCUUGUGUUGAUAGGCAAUUUUGUCACAUACACUGUAUAAUACUUUUUGAGUUGAUGAGAAUAAUGCUCUGUAUAGGAAGUUUUAUUUGGGAAGGCUGUUUAUUUGUCCAUGACAGGUGGUCAAGGGGGCUGCCCCUUGGGUGGUCAGAGAUGAACUCUCUACAUCCAUUUGGGGAGGCUAAGCCUUCUCGAGUCUCUUAUGUGCGCCGCCUCUGUGUAAGUAGGAAAGAAGAAAUUAAUCCAGUAAGGCAGUUACAUACCAAAAUGAUUGGUCGACCAAAACUCCCUGGUUUAUACAUCUUAGGAACACUGUAAAAUUCCGGAGUUCUGGGAUUACUGAGAGUCAACUUGAUAGCAUCCAGUAAGAAAUUAAACGUGUGAAUCAAAUCAUUAACGACUGUGUUAAUUUUGAGGUUGAACGAUACAGUCAGGUCGGUAGUUAGGGAACUUUAUAAGCGAUUGUCAGUAAAUUGUUCUUCAGCAAAGUUCACAUUUUUACACCACAUUACUAUUCUGCCACCUUUAUCGGCAAGUUUAACUAUGAUGUCUCGUCGUUUAGAAAGUUCUAGUAAGGUUUUGUGGUCAUCAGGGGUCAGGUUUACUUCGUAAUUUCCAUGCCCACAAAAACACGUUAGUGCAAUGAAAUAACAUUCUUCACAACAAAUAAUAGAAAAAUGGUUAUUUCAAUGUUCCAUACAACAAACGAGUUUUGACAUUCUACUCUUGUUCGUUAGUUAAGAAGUGUUUUCUUCUUCUGUAUUCUUAUCAGCUGUUAAAAACUUGUCCCAUCUUCUAGUUUAAUAGAACAGUUAAACGGGUUUUGACAUUCUACUCUUGUUCGUUAGUUAAGAAGUGUUUUCUUCUGUAUUCUUAUCAGCUGUUAAAAACUUGUUCCAUCUUCUAGUUUAAUACAACAGUUAAACGUGUUUUGUCUUCCAAGCGCUAAAUAACAUUUUCUAAAGGUGAUCCGCCUUUCAAGUUCUGUACAAGUUAAAGAACUUUGAAACACACAAUUGUUUGUUUAUAGCUAGGCGCGGAACUACAUAAUGGGUUAUUUGUGUUGUGCUCACCAAGAUAUCGAAACCCGGUUUUCAGCGUCAUAAGCCUUCAGACUUACUGCUGAGCCACUGGAGGUCAUUAACAAACGGAUUCGAUCUUACAAGGUCUAUACUUCAAAUACUAAACGUGUUCUGUACAAUAAUUAACAAAAGUCUUGUCUUUUCAGGAUUAAUACAACAAUUAACAAAGGCGUCUUGUCUUUUCAGUUGUAGACAACAGUUAAUACAUCACACAACAACCAGGAGAGCUAAAGAUUAAAAAUAACUUUUUUUUCUUUUAGCUAUCAGACAAGGUCUUAUCGGUUGUACAGAGUAAAAGCCAGAGUUUUUGUAUCUCAUCUGAUAAUUCCAAGUAAACUUAGUGAAACGUUGUGAACAAUACUUUUACUCAGUACAACCCAUAAAGAAUUACCUGAAAACUAGGACAGCUGUAGUAAAAAGGUAUGCUAUGAAACAUGUACGUUUAUUGGAUAUAGAGGAUUAUAUCAACACAAUGAGUGUACACGGCAAACAAUAUCAUUGUAUUUUAAAACAAAUCAUUUAUAUGGCAGUAGAUAUAUGGACAGCAAGGAAUUCUCAAACAAUUUAGCAGUAUACUUUAUAAAACAAUGAGUUAUAAAACCUUCAGUGUUAAUGUUUAUAAUAUGGCCAAGCAUGUAAACUAGGUAACAUUGUUAUCCUAUGUUUAUAAUAUGGCCAAGCAUGUAAACUAGGUAACAUUGUUAUCCUAUAAUAAAAGUCCAUACUUUAUAAAACAAUGAGUUAUAAAACCUUCAGUGUUAAUGUUUAUAAUAUGGCCAAGCAUGUAAACUAGGUAACAUUGUUAUCCUAUGUUUAUAAUAUGGCCAAGCAUGUAAACUAGGUAACAUUGUUAUCCUAUGUUUAUAAUAUGGCCAAGCAUGUAAACUAGGUAACAUUGUUAUCCUAU